AAAAGACGACAUUGGUCAACAAAAGUGUGCCUACGCCAAUCUCAACUACCCAAGUAUCAGUUGGAUUUUCAUCGCACUCAAAAUCUCCUGCAUUUUCCCAGUCUCUCUCCAACAACAGAGGAUGUUAUUGUUUCGUCCCCUUUUUGUAUUACUUGUAGUUUUUCUCACGCUAUUAUUUGCACCCAUAAACUCGCACAACGAAUCGGGCGAGUGGAGCUGCGAGUCCUCCGAGUCGGGCACCCAAAUCGCUGCUGAGUUCAGACCCGGUGUUGUCACUCUUGAUGGGCACCCCGACGAUUGGAAGGACAUUGGUGGGUUUGAUUUCUCUCUCCUACCUGCUCUUGACCCGCACGAAGAUGAUGCCUAUAAGGGCGGAAAAAUGACUGUUAAGGCUCUACAUGAUGGUAAAGAUGUGUUCUUUUUGCUGCAAGUUGAUGGAGAAUAUGCUUACUCCAAAGGCAAUAGUAACAAAUGUCCAUCUGUUGCUCUUAUGUUUCAGAUUGGUGAGAAUGCUACCUAUCAUAAUAUGGGUGGUUGUAAAGAGUCUCCUGGUUCCUGUACCAAUAAGAACUGCCGUGGUCAUGAAGUUGACAUCAUGCAUUUCUCAAUAGGAACUGCUAUCCCAGGACGUCUAUAUGGUGGAAACUUGGUAGAUGCUGGGACUGGUACUGACAGGUUUGGUCACUUGGUUGAUGUUUAUUCUUGGAACCCACACUGUCGAUACCUUGAUGGACUUGGGCCUUCAGGAACCAAUAACACUGCUCAGAAUGAUUGGAAAGGAGCUUGGUGGCACAGCAGCCUCAAUGUUCAUUCAGGUUUUGUGGAUGAAGACAGCCCAUAUGCAUCAAAUGGAAAGAAGGGCACUUAUUAUUUUGAAUUUUCAAGGCCUUUGAGAACCAUGGAUUGGUUUCAACAGGAUGCUCAAUUCAAGAUUGGUGACACGAGCAAGUUCUCAGCCGCUUUUUGGUACCCAGUAGACGGUAAACCAUGGCAUGGUUCUGGACAUUACACGGUCAGCUGUGAUUGGCUACCACUGAAUUUUAUCUCUGGAGGAUCUACGCUUACUGGAUCCGGGACUGCAACAACAAGCUCCUGGGAUGCAGCUGUUGCUUUCUCUCUCCUACUCUCGGUGGUUGCUUUCUGCUUGUCUGUUUUUGUAGGAUACCGAGUUUCCAUGCGGAGGGAUACACCCUAUACAGAGAUGAGCCAUCUUUAGGUUGAUUAGUGAUUGUAUGUUGUAUUUAUAAUAGUUUUGAACUUCCAUUUUUUGUUUUGUUAGUUUCCAUUCUUUGUUAUAUUCAAAUGUAUUUGUCAUAGUUCAUGACUCGGAUUACACUAUAUUAUAUUCUUAUGGAAUGAAAGGGGAGUUUUUUUUGA